AUGGACGAGCCCGACAUCGACGUGGUGGGCCUGGCCGCGCGCGACGGCGACGAGCAGCAUCAAGCGGCUGCGGCGGCGCCCGCGAGGAGCUCCAGGAGCGCGCGGAGCUCUCGAGAGGAGGACGACGACGAUGAUGAGAGCGGCGACGGCGGCGGGGAGCGCGCGACCCGAUGCGGCGGCGGCGCGUCCCCGGCGAAGCCCCCGUACUCGUACAUCGCGCUGAUCACCAUGGCCAUCCUGCAGAGCCCCGAGAAGCGGCUCACGCUCAGCGAGAUCUGCGCCUUCAUCAGCCGCCGCUUCGCCUACUACCGCGAGAAGUUCCCCGCGUGGCAGAACUCCAUCCGCCACAACCUGUCGCUCAACGACUGCUUCGUCAAGAUGCCGCGCGAGCCUGGAAACCCCGGCAAGGGCAGCUACUGGACCCUGGACCCGCAGUCCUCGGACAUGUUCGAGCAGGGCAGCUUCCUGCGGCGCCGCAAGCGCUUCAAGCGGCAGCAGCACCACCAGCAGCGCCUCGCGCCGCUCCAACUCAGCGCGCUCCCGCGGCUACAGCCCGUCAGCCUGUGGCCUGCGCUCUCCACGCUGCUCGCGCGGACUCCCGGCGCGGGGACCAAAGGCCUUCUUCAUCCUCUGAAUCCUCCUCCUCCUCCUGCUCCUCCGGUUCCUCCGCUCGGUUUGGCCUCUCCGCUGCACUGCGCCUCCUUCAUCCCUCCUCUUCCUCCCAGCUUUUACUCCCUGCAGCACGAGUACAGCAAACUGCGCGCGCUGCACUGCUCCGCUCUGGCUACUCUGUAA